AUGACACUGUCUCUCAAGAUUACAGAUUUGGGGGAGGAUAUACUAACUUUUGCCAUUGCCCAGUACCUAACCCCUGAGCAGACUUUCAAAUUCUUCACCCUCAACAAGCUACUAUAUGAAAUCUACGACACUUCCAACACGAUCUACCAACUCUUGUACAACAAAAAGUUCACCAACAAUGAAAACAACUACACGUUGAGCUUGAAAGACCAGAUAAACUGGAAGCAAUUGUUCUUGUUGCGAUGCAACCCAGCGCAGCAGGUGUUUACCUGGGGCGAAAGCAACGGGGGCCGGUUGGGAUACCUUUCCACAAGAAUCGACCAGUCUCACGUUUCGAAAAAGCUAGGCGGAUGGUCGGUCCACACCCCAACCAACAUUGCCGAGUUCAACAACCACUUGGUUGUGGACUUGAAAGCAAACGGAUACAGUUUCAUCAUCCUAUUGAACAAUGGAGAGCUCUGGUUCACGGGGAUGGAUUGGAAACGACCCCAGCAAGGAUUAUCGACCCCGGGGCCAAUCAGUGGCAAGGACUACAAGCCUAACCCUGGCACAACGGCGUUGUUGAGUAUAAGCAGAAAUAACCAAGACGACAACAUUGGCGGUAGAAGGAACCUCAGACGUGACGAACAUCGCCAUCAUAAUCACGGCAACGGGAGAUUUGGAGUGAUGCCCAUCCCCUUGAUGGGGAUGAGAUACUCACAAGAUAGUAGCAGCAGCAGCGGUGAUGAUAAUGAUGAUGAUACACAAGAGGUGACAAAUGAAGGUUCUUCGUCGUUGCAAGAUCUCCCGCAGUCGAGGCGCAAGCUCCAGCCCCCGUCGCCGCCAUUAACGCAUCCGCCCUCCAACAUUCAAGAAACAAACUUUCUAUCGAGGCUAUUCUUACCACCACCACUGUCACCAAAAAGCAUGGCGGGUUUUGUCUCGCUCAAUUCAAAAGACGCUAGGAAACUCGUUUCCAUCAGCACGGGAAGAGAACAUAUCAUCGCAUUGGACAAUCACAACAAUAUCUAUACAUGGGACGCGGGCUGCAAUUCAAAUAUCGGCAUCAAGGUCAAGUUCCAGGGCAUCUCCAACAAGCUAUUGAUCAACAAGAUUGCCGCGGGCUGGAACUUGUCCUCGUGCUUAAUUGACAAUGUAGGGUUAGUGGUGUGGUACACGAGAAAACCUACAACAAGAGAGCAAUUCGAAAGCCAAGAGUUUGAAUGCGAAGCAAGCUACAUUGUUAUACCGCAUACAAACAACGAUGUGGUUGACUUUACUGUUGGGGCUGACUAUGUGUUGUACAUCAAGAAAUCCGACUCGAGAUUAUAUCAGUUUAGAUUCAACGCCCAUGAAUUUGCGUCACGAGACGCAGAUGAUGUUAUUGAAGUGGAGGAACUCAACUCCAAAGUCUACCCCAUGGCUAACUUCAACACCUGGUUGGACAAUCAAGUUGAAAAUGUGCAAUUCACUCGUUUAAACAGCUGCAUGGCCAAUUUUGUCGUGUUCACCAACCAUGACCAAGUCCUCAUUGGACUCGAUGACCAUUUGCAAUACGUGAUGGAGGAUGAGCCAGAAUCAUCUGCAAAAGGGUCAACCCCGAUCAUAAUCCCACAACUACAAGGCCAAAACAUAAAGCUGAUUGAAAUUGGCGAUUAUCAUUAUCUAGCAUUGACAAACGAUGGCGCCAUCUUGAGCUGGGGAACCGAGUCUCGAAGCUGUGGAUGUUUAGGGAUCGGAGCCAGGGAAUUGGCGCUAGAGGAACAUCCAACCACGUGUUUUGCUAGAGGCGCCAAUUUGGAGCUCGAGCUGCCGAUGAAAGUCAAGGACCCGUAUCGGAGUCUGGCGAGGGAUUCAAAUAGGGAGAAGGGCAAGUGGGUUUGCAUUGCUGCUAGUGGCUGGCACUCCGGUGGCGUAUACGUUCCAAAUGAGGAAUAA